CAAACUCACUCGUGCAUAGCAUAUUAUAUGGAUCUGUGCAAGAUAUACAAUGCAACAGCACAUGAUAUCCAGAUAGGCCUGUAACUUUCUAAAUUUAAACAAUGGCGUGAUAAGUUGGUUGGCCUGCUGGCGGGAAGACACUGCACAGACAUCGCCGAGAUAGCCCUGAAUCUGAAUCAAAAUCAAAUUGCCUGCCUCUCUUUGAGAUUCCUCAUGUCUUCUUUCCAUCCCUACAUUAAUAUAUAUAGACCAGAUGCCAGUGCUAGGAAGGCAAAUUGCUAGACUGACUUGCAGCAGAUUCAAGUUUUAGACCUUCAUUUUCUUUCAAUGGCAGCCUCCCCUUUGAACCCAAAAGCCAAUUAUCAUGUACGCUCCAUCAGUCUACCUUCAAGAACUCACCCACUUAACCUUCAAUUUGAAGAGCAUUUGUGCAGAUUGAGAGCUUGUGAGGACACUAGCUCUUCAACACUAUCAUCAACAUGUGAAAAGAUAGGUGUCCUUAUGGAUUUGUUCGACUGUGCCCAUGAUUUGCUUUUAUUGCCACACAUCCAACAACAAACCUCAGCCCAAGAGUGCCACAAACAAUUUGUUGAUAAUGCAUUGGAUGGAUCCCUUAGGCUCUUGGAUGUGUGUGGCACUGCCAAGGAUGCCUUGCUGCAGACAAAGGAAAGCACACAAGAACUUCAAUCGAUUCUGCGGAGAAGGCGGGGUGGUGAACUUGGACUGGCGGACAAGAUAGGAGACUACUUGGCCUUGGGUGAGAAGAGGAAGAGGGGAAUUAAGAAGUACCUGAGAAAAUUGAAGGGUGUGGAAAACAAAUGCAGCUUUUCUCCUUUGGACAGCAGCCAUGAUAUUGUGGCCAUGGCUAGCAUGUUUACAGACUUGGAAGCAGUCACUUUCUCUGUGUUUGAAUCCCUCUUGUCCUACAUUUCUGGGCUAAAGGUCAAGUCGAGGCUGAGCAGUUGGUCAUUGGUUUCCAAGUUGAUGCACAGGAAACACACAGCAUGCGAGGAAGAAGCAACAGAUACUAGUGAAUUUGAGAAGGUGGCUUUGGCGCUUUGUGCUCUCAUUGGUUGCAAAGAGGGCAAAUCUAUCAGCCAGCACGUUGAGAAUGUGCAGAAAAGACUAGGAAAGUUGGGGUCGAGAGUUCAAGAUCUUGAAGAAGGACUAGACUGCCUGUUCAGAAGCUUAAUAAGAACCAGAGUAUCUCUUCUCAACAUCCUAAAUCACUAGCUCAAAAUAUGAGACCUCUUAGGCAUCCAAAAAUUUUGUAACAUAAGUGUUAUUCUUGUACAGUGUACAUGAAAUAGAAUUGCCAGUGUAUUUCAUAUUUGAUUCUAAAUCAAUACAAUCUUAUCUACAAACAAGACCUAUUUCCAUUUUGUAGUAAAAGAAUUAAUGCUGUGUCCAAGAACUGCAAACAUAAAUACUCAUAUAUAUUUCUACCAGCCAUGAGUUUUCCACUUUUAAUGCGCAUGAAUUUGUGUUCAUAUAUCUCCAACAAAAACUAGAAUAAAAUUGUAUCAUCCAUGACACCAGAACAAAACUUGUUGGUCUAAGAAAUAAAAUGGAAAAAUCCCAUCAAGAAAACAAAUAAAAAUGCUAUUAAACCUCAUGAGUUGCCCCAUUAGCAAAAACAAGAACAAUAUUUGGUUGUUUGUUUGGGGGGUCAAAUCUUGUACCUUACCUCGAGGAAGGUGAGAAUUAAAGGAAGGCCCCUCCAUCCCAUGAAUUAGUUGGGCUUGAAAGAGACUCGGAUGCCACAUUACAAAUAGAUUAAUAAAUAAUUAGAUUGGUCAUAGGAAGUUACAAUUUUACGUAAUCACAGAGCUUUGGACCCUCUGGUACAUCUUAGAAGUUGAAACUACUAUGAAUCACCCAAGCUGGACUAGAAAAUACAAUAUUGUAAGUACAGUCAUCUAAUUUUUAAUUCUGAUCCAAUCCCAACCCAUUUUAUUCUCGUACAGAAAACAGUGUUGAAGUUCAUAGGAGAAACCUUAGGUGUCAUGGGACUAUUAGAAUUUCACCAUAAAGAAGAAAAGGAAACAAAAUUUAGAGUAUACAACAAAAAUAAAAGCAAAUUUAUCUCAUCUUCAUUUUAAAUGUAGUAAUCAUUGCGAUCAAAAUCAUAGUGUGAUCUUUUAUCCUUGAGAAGCAUACUUAAUAUGUGUGGCAGGGAAAUAUGUAGCUGUUAUUUCUUUUUAUUUAAACAGAUCAAACCUCAAAGCAAAAACAGAACCCAAAAUAGAAACAAUCAUACAGUAUGUAAAAGCCUGAGAAAUCUCAGAUUAAAUAAACACAAAUGUUUACUCAUUAUAUUGUAUAACAGAUAGGAAGAACAAAAAACAAGUGUGAGAUUUGAAAAAGUUGACUAGAUGAUGAACCUGACCACCCGAAUGUAAUUAAAUUUAAAAUGAUGCCCAACAAAAAAUGAAACAUCUGAUGCAGCUUUCUUUGCAAAACUUUCCUAAUAUCCAGGAUCAUGAGUUUACAUAACGUUUGGUUUGAGAGAUGGGAUGAAAUGAAAUUCAAAAAAAAAAAUGAAUAGAGAACAUAGAGGAAUCAAAUGAAAAUUUUUAACUCCCAUUCCAUCACUAGGUACCAGACAUAUAGUUAAUUUUUUAAUACUACAGAGCAAUGAAUUUCAUAGUUCAAAAUUAAGAAAUUAUAGAGCAAGAUGAGGUAUCAUUGAGGGAAUUAAUCGAUGAAGAAGAAAAAAAAAGAUAUAUAUAUAUAUAUAUAUAAUCACUCAUGUAUAGCAUUUUUUAUGGAUCUGUGUUAAGAUAUAAAAUGUAAUACCAUGUAAUAUCCAGACAGGAUUAUAAUUUUGCAAAUUUAAACAGUGGGAUGAUAAGUUGGUUGGCCUGGUAGGGGGAAGACACUGCACAAACAUCGCUGAGAUAGCCCCAAACCUGAAUCAAUAUCAAGUUGCAUACCUCUCAUUGAGAUUCCUCGUGUCUUCAUUUCCAUCCUCAAUGUUAUAUAUAUUGAGCAGAUUGCUAGGAAGGCAAACUGCUUGACUGACUUGCAGUACAUUCAAGUUUUGAACCUUCAUUUUCUCUCAAGGGCAGCCUCCCUUUUGAACCUAAAAGACAUAGGCGCUUGGAUGUAUAUGCCACUGCCAAGGAUGCCUUGCUCCAGACAAAGGAAAGUACACAAGAGCUUCAAUCUAUUCUGCAGGGAAGGCGAGGCGGGACUAGUUGACCUCGGGGAAGUGCCUAAGGAAAUUAAGGGGUGUGGAAAAUAAAUGCAGUUUUUCUCCUUUGGGUACAAGCCAUCAUAUAUAUCAUGGCUAGCAUGUUCACAGAGUUGGAAGCAGUAACUUUCCCUGUGUUUGAAUCCCUCUUGGCCUACAUUUCUGGGCUAAAGGUGAAAUAUCAAGGCCAAGUGGUGGUCUUUGGUUUCCAAGUUGAUGCACCCGAAACUCACAGUAU